CGCCCAGGCCCCCGGGUGUGGGAGCUCCGGAGGGGGCCCCCGGGGGCCCAGCCCCUAGCAAUGCGCCCACGCAAUGAGGGCGCGCCCCCCGCGCAUCAGCCGCGGCGGCGGCGGCCCGUCACUCAGUCACUCGGUCGCGGGCGCCCCGCCUCGCGCGCGCCUCUCCUCGGCCCGGAGCACCUGCUACCUCUCCAUGGCCUCCUAGUUCCCCGCCGCCGAGGAAGGAGGCGUCGCCGCAGCACCCGAUGUAGGAUCAGUGCUAUGCUUCCCUAAACCACAGACCGAUCCAAGAUGUCUAAACAGCACCUAACGGCAUUGACAGUGACUGCCUUUGUGGGUGUGGCUGUCGGGGGCUUUGUCCUGUGGAGAGGCAUCCAGCGCAGGAGGAGUAAAACCAGCCUUGAGACCCCUACGCAGCAGAAGACACCAGAGGGGAGACCACGUCCCCGGCAGGAGGAGCCGCAGCUGCACUCCGGGGCCCCCGGGGGCUUGUGGGAACAGAGGAUCCUGGAAGCAGAGGUGGUGACGGUGGCUGAAAACACAGAGUGGGAGCAAGUUGAGCCCUUGCUUAGGAGCGAGUUAGAGAAUUUUCCAGUGCUUGGAAUCGACUGUGAAUGGGUGAAUCUGGAAGGCAGAAUCAGCCCUUUGUCUCUCUUACAAAUGGCCUCCCCAAGUGGCUUCUGUGUUUUGGUUCGCCUGCCCAAGAUGAUCUGUGGAGGAAAAACACUACCCAAAACAUUAUUGGACAUUUUGGCAGAUGGCACUAUUUUAAAAGUUGGAGUAGGAUGUUCAGAAGAUGCCAACAAGCUUCUCCAGGAUUAUGGUCUCACUGUUAAAGGGUGCCUGGAUCUCCGAUAUCUGGCCAUGAGGCAAAGAAACAAUUUGCUCUGCAAUGGGCUUAGCCUGAAAUCACUCGCCGAGACUGUCUUGAACUUUUCCCUAGACAAAUCACUUCAGCUUCGUUGCAGCAACUGGAAUGCUGAGAAUCUUACAAAGGACCAGGUUACUUAUGCUGCCAGGGAUGCCCAGAUUUCAGUGGCUCUCUUUCUCCAUCUUCUUGGAUACCCUUUCAUUAGGAAUUCAACGCUAGAUAGAGCCGGCGAUCACACUGACUGGAGAAACGUCUUGGAGAAAUGCCAGGAUGUGAUAGACAUCCCAUUUCGAGGCAAAGGCAUCAGCAGACUGGGAGAGGAGGUUAAUGGAGAAGCAACAGAACUUCAGCCAAGGCCAAGAAGUAAGAAGUCCAAGGUGGAUGGAAUAAUGCCCGGCAGCCACCCCGGGAGAGACCCCAGAAAACAUAAAAGGAAGCCCUUGGGGGUGGGCUAUUCUGCUAGAAAAUCCCCCCUCUAUGAUAACUGCUUUCUCCAUGCCCCCGACGGACAGCCCCUCUGCACUUGCGACCGCCGGAAAGCUCAGUGGUACCUGGACAAAGGCAUUGGAGAGCUGGUGAGUGAAGAGCCUUUUGUGGUCAGGCUUCAAUUCGAGCCUGCCGGGAGACCGGAAUCCCCAGGAGACUAUUACCUGAUGGUUAAAGAGAACCUCUGUGUGGUGUGUGGCAAGAAGGACUCCUACAUCCGGAAGAACGUGAUUCCACACGAGUACCGGAAGCACUUCCCCAUCGAGAUGAAGGACCACAACUCCCACGACGUGCUGCUGCUCUGCACCUCCUGCCACGCCGUCUCCAACUACUACGACAACCACCUGAAGCAGCAGCUGGCCAGGGAGUUCCAGGCGCCCAUCGGCUCCGAGGAGGGCCUGCGCCUGCUGGAAGACCCCGAGCGCCGCCAGGUGCGCUCGGCCGCCAGGGCCCUGCUCAACGCCGAGAGCCUGCCCGGGCCCCGCAAGGAGGAGCUGCUGCACGCCCUCCGGGACUUCUACAGCAGCGACAAGGUCACCAAGGAGAUGCUGCAGGAGGCCGCCAGCCUGGAGACCAGGAUUUCCAAUGAAAACUAUGUUCCUCACGGGCUGAAAGUGGUGCAGUGCCACGCGCAGGGCGGGCUGCGCUCCCUCAUGCGGCUGGAGAGCCGCUGGCGCCAGCACUUCCUGGACUCCAUGCAGCCCAAGCACCUGCCCCAGCAGUGGUCGGUGGACCACAACCACCAGAAGCUGCUCCGGAAGUUGGGGGAAGACCUGCCCAUCAAGCUGUCCUGAUCACGGCUCUGCCCAGGUUAGGCCCCUGGGAAGCUGGAGCCACAGUUGCAGAGUCACCGCUUCUAUUGAAAUCCGUUGUGACCGGCCAGCGCCUGGGGGACACAGCUCAAAGACUGACCCAGACUGGUCCCGGUGCUUCCGGUGGAACAAGGUUAUUGUUUUCAAGGGAAUGGAUGGCUUUGAGUUUCAGUUGGGCAGGGGGAGACUUCUUUCUCCCACUCUCACAUGCAAUGGUAGGGGUGGGGUGUGUAUGUGGAGGGUCCUUUGUUUUCUCCUCCCUCCUCUGUUUUCCCUGUGAAGGCAGUACCUGAAAGGCUUCUCCCUGAAGUGACGUGACCUGUCAGGGCUCUCUGGAUUUUUGAUACAGUUCUUCCCUGGGCAGCAGGCUGGCUUUUCCGAAACGGGAGAAAACAUGUUCUUUAAUCCAACCAGGUUAAGAAGAAAUGAUCCUGGGGCUGGAGCGAUAGCACAGCGGGGAGGGCAUUUGCCUUGCACGCGGCCAACCCGGGUUUGAUUCCCAGCAUCCCAUAUGGUCCCCUGAGCACUGCCAGGGGUAAUUCCUGAGUGCAGAGCCAGGAGUGACCCCUGGCAUCGCCGGGUGUGACCCAAAAAGCAAAAAAAAAAAAAAAAGAAGAAGAAAAAGAAAUGAUACUUCCGGAGCCGGAGGUUGGAGAGGGGAGCAAGCAGUCAGAUUAAUAUUCCCAGGGCAGCCUCGUAAUUAUAAACUCUUCAGUUUUAUAUUCUGCCACCUGGUGGGGUCUAUCCCAUCUUGACACUUGAGCUUCUUUCACAGGCUUAAAAAAAAUGCUUUCCGUGUCCAGGACCAAAGCAGCAGCUGCCUGCCCUGGGCCUCCACGCUGAGCCCAGGGGACUCCUUUUCUGGAAAUUGACCUUUUUCCCGUGAAGGAACUAAGAGACACAGAAGCACCGAGUCCAGAAGAAUGGGAAUAAUUUGCUCAGCUUUUGCUUGCCAGUGUGUGUUGUCCGCUUCCUGCAUUGCUCCUGCCUCGCUCUGCAAGGUUCUUAACUGAAUCUCUUCCCACGAGGAAGAUGACCUCUCAGAGUCAGUGUCACAUCCUUCAGUAUUCUGUGCGCCCUCUAGUUUGCUCUCAUGACCUCUUUAAAGUGCUUACUUCUCCCCACGGUUAAUUUGCUCAAGUCACAUUGUGAGGAUUUCUCCAUCUCUUGCCUGGAACGCUGAAAUUAAGUGCGACAUGUAGAUGUUCCAAGCAGGGCUGCUUCCCCUCUCAAAAUGUGAAAUUACUACUUUGAGUCUGAGAUCAAUUUUAUUUGUGAUGAACAUGAUUUUGUUUUUCUUUUUUCCUAAAAACUUUCUUAUUUUGUAAGAUCUUAACAAUCUUAGUCCUUUCGUAGCCAGAAUUCGAAACGAGUUUUCUUUCAGAAUUCUGCCCUGCGUGGUGACAGUUGCUCUACGUUGAUCAAUAAAACUAAGCACAAAGCUCGGUGA